GUAACCAUGGAGGAAAUGAAAAAAACUCUGUGGCAUGCUUUUGAUGUCCUUGACACAACCUCACAGCUUGUAAAAACUAGGACCGCACAGGUGCAGAAAACAAAAUUGAAGGUGCUGACAAAUAACCUGGGCCAUGAAUUGGGUGUAGAGAAAGCCGAGACAAUCUGGGAGAAAGUUCCAGAAGACAGCAUAGACUUUGAGCACUUCAUGACAGUCCUGAAUAAAAAUCUCCUGGUCGGCUUCGACAGGGUCGUGGACCCAAAAACAAUUACGUUACUGAGUAAAAUAGAAUUCUUGUGCUGGGUGUUGUGUGAAAACGUGUACAAACAGAGGAUCCGAUGCCCCAAUGGGGUGCACAGCCCCAGUAAGGAGAACGGGGAUGAGAUAGGCAGCGGCAAGGAGAAUGGGAAUACAGAGGAGGGGGUGUACGUGGUAGCUGGCAGCCUGGAGGAGAUGAUAACACCCACGGUCUUCUCUAAUGACGAUCUUUUUAAGUUAUGGAAGAUUUUUAAUUUCUUGGUGGAAAGAGCAGCAGACGGCAGCCUCUUAUUGCCAUUAAGAGCAGACGUUGAAGAAGCAGAAAGGAUAGCUGCAGAAAUUUGCCAAGCUGUCGGUCUGCCCCCACCCAAAGUGAACCCUAACACUCAACGCCGAGGGUCAGUUGACAUAUUACAGCAGUCUUUUCUCUUGGAUUUCACUGAUUUUGUCAGCGUCAUUGCCAGAAAAAUUGGCAACAAUGCUGAGCCAAAUGUCAUCAGUCAUGGAAUAGAAGAAAAUUACAACAAAAUUCUCUAUGACAUCGUUCGAAAGGGCAACAUGGUGAAGUUUGGCAACAAGGUGACCGCGUGGAAGGAGAGAUGGUUUGUGCUGACAGCCACGGAGCUCAAGUACUACUCCAACAGUGAGGAGAAGGAUCUCAGGGGCAGCAUCAGUUUGUGUGCCGAGUGCUUCACUCAGAGUUUUCCGGAUAAACCAGGAGGAAAGCACCAUCGGUUUAAACUCCACACUCCAGGAAAACAAUAUGAGUUAUCUGCCCCUGACUUAAAAGCUAAGAAUGAGUGGAUGUCAGACCUAAAAACUGUUGUGAUUAGUAUUGGAAAAACAAAAGACAGUUUACAGUUACUGGCCUUUAAAGAAAGAAAAAAAGAGAGAGAGGAAAGGAGGCGGAGGACAGCGGAGGAAGAGUUGAACCGGUGUGCAGAGAGGGAGAAACUUUUGGAGAGGGAGAGACAACUGGAGGAGGAGAGAAAGCAAAGACUGUUGGCUCAGGAAGAAAUAAAAGAACGCGAGAGGUUGCUGGAACUAGAGCGUAGGAAAAGAGCAGAAGAAGAAGAAAGGAGACGUCAGGAAACCAAAGAACUGCUGGAGAAAAAAGCAAAGGAGAUUGAAGAUGAAAAAAGGAGGUGUGCUGAAACAGAAAUGAGGCUUCAGGCAGAGAGGGAGGCUUUCAUCAAGAGCAGCACGGAGGCAUUGGAGGCAGAGAGAGAGCAGAGGGCGCUAGUGGAGGCCAGGCUCAGAGAGGAGGAGGCAGAGCUGGAGGAGGAGAGGAGGAGGUUGAGAGAACUUGAGGAGGCCAAAGCCUCACUGGAGGCGCUGGUGGAGGAAGAGAGGGCACUCAAGCGAGACGAGGAAAUUGUCAGGAAUCUUCAAGCUAAGAUUUUAGAAGAGGAAUAUGCAAAAAGGGAAGAGCUAGAGAGGCUUCAAGCAGAACAGAACAAGAAGCUGUUGAGAGAACAGCUGAGCAGGCAGGAGCUGGAGGCCGCCCACCAACAGAAGGAGGAAGCCCUGAGACUUGCUAGAGAACAGCUUGAGGCCUUAACACGGGACAGAGAGCUAGCCGACCAGCAGCUAAAGGAGGCCAAUGAAAAGUUGAGGCAGCUUGAAAUGGAAAGGACGCUGCAAAAAAGUUGAAGCAAGCCGAACAUGACAGACUUCAGAUAGAAGAAAGAAUGAAAUUAAAGGGCAUGAAAUCUUCCUCCCGUAUGGCUGGGCCUAUACAAACCCCUGAUCCCAACCCCUUUGUCACACACAGGGGUCAAGGAGCUU